UUUCGGCCAAUUCAAGUCGAAGUCACCUGCCUAUGGAGCAUCUGCGGCGCCUUGCUAACCUUGCGUUUAGCUUGCGUUGCGUGGAUGAGACCUUUUAUCCAGUUUCUGUGCGCCCGAUUACGAAAUAGAUUUUACCACUUAAAGAGUUAGCCAUCGCAGCAGUUCGCAGAACUCGUGGACAGCGUCAUCGGGUGGUGCGAGUAGCCGUUGAGCUUUCAGCGGAAGUGUAGCUGACGCUGAACCGCGACCAUGGAUUCUCUAAUGCAAACAAACCUCUACGAACUCCUGCAGAUCGCAGUCGGCGCUGACGAGAAAGAGAUCAAGAGUGCGUACCGAAAGAAGGCGCUGACAUGCCACCCGGACAAGAAUCCCGACAACCCCCGAGCAGCCGAACUCUUUCAACAGUUGUCCCGUGCCUUGGAGGUGCUCACCGAUCCGGCGGCGCGGAGUGCGUACGAUGCUGUGCUCAAGGCUCGCGAAGCGGCCAAGAUUCGGCACCAGGGGCUGGACGCCAAGCGGCGCAAGCUCAAGGAAGAACUGGAGGCCCGCGAAGGGCCGGGGCAGGAAGCAGCGGCGGCGGCAACGGCUCAGCAACGACUCAAGAAAGAAGUGGAGAGACUACGUCGCGAGGGCUCUCGGCAGCUGGCUGAAGAACGGGAGCUGCUGCAACGCCAAAUGGCCAAGCAACAGGCACAACAGACGCAGCCGCGGGAGCAACAGCAGGCAGAUUUGACAAGGGUGAAGGUCCGUUGGAAGCAGCAGCCCGGGCUUAGGGGCUACACCGAGACAAGCCUGCGGCAGCGGCUUUCUCAGUAUGGAGCCAUCUGCUGCCUGGUGUUUCGCAAUGGAUCGGCUCUUGUCGAGUUCGAGCGACCAACCGCAGCCCGCCUGGCAUCCCAGCUCGAACAAGGGAGCCCAGACGAAGGCCCACUGACUGUUCGCAUGUUGGGCGAUGCAAGAGGCGGCGAGAGUACACCGCCUGCACCAGCGCCGCAGCCGACGCUAACACCGCACGAUGACGAUGACUACGAAGACCUGGUGCUAAAAAAGCUGCAGCAGGCUGCUGCCGCUUCGCAGCCAUCAUAAAUGCAGUUGCACUUGUGCGCAUCUGUUGGACUGUGCUUCAGCACAACACAUGCUCCAGAGGGCCUGGUGCCUUGCAUGAACUUCCUGCAAGCAGCCCCUUGAAAUGGGUGUGUGGUGCCAGAUGCUCAGUUAAGUGUACUAUGGAGACUGUGCUCAUGCAUAUUGCACCAACGAUCUCGAUCUUCUGUGACGUGAAUGUGCCCUGGUGACCUUUUAGGCCUACUGAUGGACUGUCAUCGUGGCGAUAAGUUUUCUUUGAAAUAAAUACACCUGUGGCCUA